UAUUGCAAUCGCGACCCUCGCUGUGUCCGCUGCGGCCAAAGUCACCUCUCUGAACUCUGUGAAAAACCAAGGGACACCCCGGCAUCCUGCGCUCUCUGUGGGGAAGCACACCCUGCAAAUUAUAAGGGAUGCAUCAAACACAAAACUCUGUUGCGAUCAAGAAACUCCAAACUCAAGAACUUCACCCAAACCAAAUACUAUCAACACUCAAGCAACCCAUCUACCACCAGCCAAGCAAACCUCACCAGCUCGAACAUCUCUCAGCAAACCAACCCCAACCUUGUUCAAACCAGUCCGGCCACCCGACAGAACUCCUACGCCAGCGCAACAAAAGGUAAAACCCAAUCCCCUAUUAAUGACUCUCCUCCCGAAAACCCUUUCUCAAAUCAACUGACAUCAUUCAUUCAUGAGCUCCAAUCACUCAUCACACCUCUAAUAACCCUCCUCUCCUCUCUCAUCAAUAAAUUAGUUGUUACCAAUGACUCUGAAUACUAAUCUAAAUUCUCCCCUGUCCAUAAUCUCCUGGAACGCCAAUGGUCUUUCCAAACAUAAGCACGAAUUCCAACUCUUUCUCGAAACUAAAA